AAUUACCCAUUGCCCUGAACCCAUUUAGACACAGACUUCUCUUGAUCGAUUUUGAUCGGAGAAGGUCGAAAAAGCUUUCGAAGAUCCGUCAAAUGGGGAGCUAUGUGGAGCAAGCUCGUGAGAAUCACGUCAAGAAGAAGGUCGAAGAAGCGCUGCGUAGCAAGAUGAAGGCAAAGGCAUUGAUGGAAUGUGAUCAGUACGUCUCAAAGUAUGCUGAAUGCGCUACAGGAAGAACGUUUUCUGUGGUGUGGACAUGUCGUAAGCAAGCUAAAGAGCUCAACACUUGCCUCCAUCAAUUCACCAAUGACAAUGUUUUGGAGGAAAUGAAGAGAGAGUAUAUGCAUCAAGAAGAGGGUAAAGUCUCAGCCUCGGCCAUAUAAAAUUUUUGUCGAACAAAAGAUUUUACUCCGACCAUAUAAUUCUGUCCCUUUGUUUUCUGGUCAAUAUGGAUAAACAGAUCCUUUUAUAACUAAACUGUGGCUUUUUUUUUCUUUUAAUAAGGGUGUUUCUACUUUUUAAGUAAUAGAUUUGUAUUUUGAUCCAAAAAAAAGGAAUAGAUUUGUUGUAUUUCCAUUUU